AACUUGCUGGUGGCAGUGAUUAGCAGUGAAGAUUUACUCACAUACAGUUGUUCAAAGCCCAGGAGUCAGAAAUUAUGCAUUUUCACCUCUGGUUUUGCCACUUCUGAGUUGACUUUCACUGACUCUCCUUUCUCAUCAGUAAAAACAGGAUGGGUUUGAUAAUAGCCUCUCUAUCUACCUCAUCUGCAGUUCGAAUCCACCAGUUGCUCCUUGGAAGCCCUAUGGAGCAGCUCUACUCUGUCAUACAGGGUCACUAUAAGUCGGAAUCGCCUCGGCGGCAGCAGGUUUUUAUCUACCUCAUAGGAUAGUUGUGCAGAUCAAAUAGAAUAAGGGUUAGGAAGAUGUUCAGUAAAUUAAAAAACACUCUUACCACAAUAUGAUCACAUCACCUGUAGUGCUGGUGUACCCACAACUUGAUGAAGUAGCAAAAAUAGUACGUGCACCUCAAGUUCUUUACCCCUAGAAAUGCAGUGGUCUUAGUAAUGAUGCCGAGUCCUGCCUGCCAUGUAGAUCCCACUGGUGAGAAGAAAAGCAGUGUAUAAGACAGGUGGAGAAAGCCACAGUGCAUUUUUUUCUGAUAUUCCUUAUGUGCCAACUGCCAGAGUGGAAAAAUGAAGAGGUUGUCGUUAGUCGUUAACUUACUUGAAUUGGGGUGAUCACUUCAUGUCCCUGUUUGUUUCCAAAACUAAAAUAAUUGAAAGCAUUGGCUUUAAAAUCGGCUAGACCUGUGUUCAAAUCCCAACCCUACUAUCUAUUGACUGUCCAACCUUGAGCUAAAUAUUUAACUUUAUUAUGUCCCUCUUUCCUUAUCAAUGGCCAGUGGUAAACGGUAACUAUUUCGAAUGAGUGUUAUGGAUUGUGCAUACCAUAGGGUUAAAUGAGAUAAAGUAUGUGGACAGCCUAGUGCAUAACUGGUGCUCAAUAAAUGGUCUUUAUUCUACUUAAAAACCUUAACAGUUUAAAGUCUGACUCUGUGAUUCAGUGACUAAAAAUAUUUGCUUUUAUUAUGGUUGAAUAAAUUAAUAUAAACUUGUAUUUGUUUUGGUGUCAAGAUGUAGCUAUAGCUUUGGAAGGUAAAUUUAUUUCAAAGCAAUGUGAAACAUAUACAUACAUUUAUAAUACGUAUGAUUUUUACCGCUUAGUACAGUUUAUUCAAAAGAACAUCGUAACUAAUUAAUUCUGUAUAACAUUUUAGUUGAUUAAAGAUCUGGCAGCAUUGUUUUCUUAAAUCUCAGAAAAGAGCUACAUUUUUGCUUAUGUGAGUUCUGUCAUGUUUUACCUACAGGCAUUUUUUACCAUCUGUGAGAAUUGCCCUAUAAUUCGUUUUUCUUCACUCCAGUGUUAUACCAAAUUGAAAAGAUAUGAAUGAAUAUCCCAAAAAAAGGAAAAGGAAGACUUUACACCCUUCUCGUUAUUCAGAUUCCUCUGGAGUAAGCAGAAUUGCAGAUGGGUUCAGUGGAAUUUUUUCUGAUCAUUGUUAUAGCGUCUGUUCUAUGAGACAGCCAGAUUUGAAAUAUUUUGACAACAAAGAUGAUGAUUCAGAUACAGAGACAUCAAAUGACUUGCCAAAGUUUACAGAUGGAAUCAAGGCCAGAAACAGAAAUCAGAACUACCUGGUUCCCAGUCCGGUACUCAGAAUUCUAGACCACACUGCCUUUUCUACAGAGAAAUCUGCUGAUAUUGAAAUUUAUGAUGAAGACUGUGACUCCCCUGAAUCGGUCAACCAGCAGACGCAGGAGGAGGGCCCCGUAGAGGUCCACGCUGCUGAAGAUGUCCCGAUUGCUGCGGAGGUGCACGCCAUCUCGGAGGAUUACGACAUAGAGACAGAAAACAACUCCUCGGAGAGUCUCCAAGACCAGGCGGAGGACGAGCCACCAGCUAAAGUCUGUAAAGUCCUUGACAAGAGCCAAGCUUUGAAUGUGACUGCCCAGCAGAAGUGGCCUUUACUGAGAGCGAAUAGCAGUGGCCUCUACAAAUGUGAACUUUGCGACUUCAACAGCAAAUACUUCUCCGACCUAAAGCAGCAUAUGAUCCUGAAGCAUAAGCGUACCGAUUCCAAUGUGUGUCGGGUGUGCAAAGAAAGCUUCUCUACCAACAUGCUCCUGAUCGAGCACGCCAAGCUCCACGAGGAGGACCCCUACAUUUGUAAAUACUGUGAUUACAAGACCGUGAUUUUUGAGAACCUCAGCCAGCACAUUGCCGACACUCACUUCAGUGAUCACCUCUACUGGUGUGAGCAGUGUGACGUGCAGUUCUCCUCAAGCAGUGAACUCUACCUGCAUUUCCAGGAGCACAGCUGUGAUGAACAGUACUUGUGUCAGUUCUGCGAACACGAAACGAAUGAUCCGGAAGAUUUGCAUAGCCACGUGGUAAACGAGCAUGCGUGUAAACUGAUAGAGUUAAGUGACAAGUGCAACAAUGGCGAACAUGGGCAGUACAGCCUGUUAAGCAAGAUUACCUUUGACAAAUGUAAAAACUUCUUCGUGUGUCAGGUGUGUGGCUUCCGGAGUAGGCUGCAUACCAACGUCAACAGGCACGUUGCUAUUGAACACACUAAAAUUUUUCCUCACGUUUGCGAUGACUGCGGGAAAGGCUUUUCAAGUAUGCUGGAGUAUUGCAAGCAUUUAAAUUCACAUUUGUCGGAGAGAAUUUAUUUAUGUCAGUAUUGUGAAUAUUCAACAGGGCAAAUUGAAGAUCUUAAAAUUCAUCUAGACUUCAAGCAUUCAGCUGACUUACCUCAUAAAUGUAGUGACUGCUUGAUGAGGUUUGGAGAUGAAAGGGAAUUAAUAAGUCACCUUCCAGUUCAUGAGACCACUUGAUUGUGCUUUUUAUUUUAACUUACGUAAUUUUUAAUGUCAAUGUAAAAUAAAAAAUCUCAACUUUUUUUGGAGAUGUUAAAAUGGAUAAUUGUAAAGAUAAAGAUACCUGUAACAAGUAAGAAUUUUUUUAGUUGGCCCAAUUUUCUUGGAAUUGCAACAUUUUCAGUAUGGAAUUGUAUCUUAAACGUGCUAUUUUCAAUUACAUGGUCAUCGGUGGUUUUCACCACCCUUGGUGACUGUCUUCCUAUUGCGUGUGCUCUGAUUCCAUGAAUUGAGAAGAAACAGAUGUCUUGAAGAAACUAGACUACAGUUUUCCUUCCGGAACCAUAGGUGCUGUUUGCGGGGGGCGGCGGCGGGGGGUUUGUUUUUAAACACAAUACAAGCUCAGUUUCAGUGAUACAUCUCUUCAAGCAUGAAGUCAUUCAAGUACUGCCCUACCAGAACCGAAAAUGCAACGUAAUACGCAGUGAAGUCCAGUGAAACAUCCAUCAAUAAGAACCCAGUUCCUCCGUUUGCACUCUCCACCAGGGCUUAUCACCAAGGCAAUUAGUGGACUCUGUGUGAUCCUUUUAAUAACACUAGGAGGCCAGUGAUAUUAUAGGAAGAAAGAUUGUUUUCUUGGUAGUCCUUUUUUUUUUUAAAGCCCUUACCUAUGGGUUGAGUAAUUUAAAGUGGGUGGGGGCAAUGAGGGAAAGGGGAGAGAGGGAACUGAUAAGGGAUCAGGCAAUAAAAUAAAAAGUAACCAUUUCAUAACUCAUUCAUUACCUGUUAACAUUUAAUUUUCACUGUUACACAACUGCAAAGUUAGGUAGGCCCUAACUUCCGAUGUCAAGUCAAAUAAUCUACUGACUGUGAAAACCCACUGAAGUAUUACUACAGAGCUUAAAAGUUCUUGGAAAUAAAGGCUUGCUGGCAUGAUAAUGUAUAAAUUGCUAUUGAUGAUAGUAAAUUGGUUUUGCUUCUGAAAUAGCAGUAUCAAGAAGACAGUAUAACGCUGGCUCCAGGUGUAACAGACAUUGCUGCUAAAAGUACAGUGGGCCCAGGUAGGUGGAUGGAGCUGAGCAGAGCAGUUGUAUGGCCUAUAGUUAUUUCACCUCAAGAACCGUGGAAUUUUAGUCUGAGAAUGGUGGCCACGAUAAUCGUUCGCAAAGCCCAUCAUGUUUGUCUUUGCUAGUAAUUUUGUCAUAUAUGCAUACCUGUGUUCCUAGAGUUCCUGGGUAGUACAAAUGAUGAGCGAGCUCUGCUGCUAACCGGAAGGUUGGAAGUUAUAGUCCACCCCGAGGUCACUCAGAAGAAAGGCCAGGUGAUCUACUUCCAAAAAACCAGCUGUUGGAAACCCUGUGGAGCGCAGCUGUACUCCAACACACAGGCGGUCGCCGUGAAUUGGAAUCUCCUCUGUGGAACGCAGCUGUACCCCGACACACAGGCGGUCGCCGUGAAUUGGAAUCUCUUCCAGGGCAAUUGGAUUUUUAACUGGUGUUCCUACAAACUGCCAUUCUAUCUGAUCGUGACGUUCCAGGUAGGGCUAUCGGGCAUAAACAUCUGGUAAAUUUUCUCAAUUUAAAUUGGAAGAGAACCUUAAAAACUAUGUGGCCCAGCCAAACCCUGCAGUCUUGUAAGUUUCUUGUAGAAAUAGAAACUGAGAUUGUCAUUAGCCCGAGGUCAUCUAACCAGUUAUAGCAGAAAGGAGUGGAGUCCAGGUUACUUGUCUUGCAAUCUAGUGAUGUUUCAAAGACACCGUGUCACAUAAAGCUGCCCUUCAGGUGGUUUUCCUGAGUAUUUCACUUAUCUAUUCCCCUAGCUUCUUAGGGAUUGUGUUUUUUAUCCUUUUACACAUAUCCAGCUUGAGGAAUUUUAUUUUUAGAAAACUAACCUGAAUUAAACAAUACCUUGUUUUUGGAAACCCUGGUGGCUUAGUGGUUAAGAGCUAUGGCUGCUAACCAAAAGCUCGGCAUUUUGAAUCCACCAGGUGCUCCUUGGAAACCAUAUGGGGCAGUUGUACUCUGUCCUGUUGGGUCGCUAUGAGUUGGAAUCGACUCGACAGCAACGGGUUUGUUAUUUUUAAAUUCUUUAUUUUACCUGUUUACAUUUGAUCAGGUAUUCGUGGUCAAAUUAAAAAGAUUAAGCAAUGCAACUACUCAAGAGGCAUAAAUUACAUUUUACAACCGUAUGAUCGUGUGGUUUUUGACGACUCUGCAGCUGGAGACCACAUCCCAGUGACAGUUGUUCAAUACAAACUUUCUUGCCUUAACUCAGUUGUCAGAUAAAUUUAUAAUUGACCAUAAAUUGCUGAGGUAACUGGUUUGUAUUUUUAGCUUAACAAACCUACCAAAAAAGAUACUUUUCUAACUACUAAUGGAUUUUUUUCCCCUUUAAAGUUAGAAGACGUUUCUACUGUGGUUCUUGUGUGACUUGAGUCACGAUUUAAGUCUGAGAAUAGGUAAUUGAUGGUGAUGUUUAUUAGCACAACAAGAGAAUUCUUGGCAGCAGUGAGCAGUAGUGAUGGGUCAUAAUUGUUUUCCUUGCUUUUUUAUCUUAACCUUGCAAUGACUUAAUUGCUUUUGAAAUUCCAAAGCACUUCCCCUCUACUCCAGAAUUUGAAAACAUUUAUGGACUACUCAAAAGCCUCUCCUCUUCCUGCUUGUAAAUUUGCCAGCUCUACCAUUUAAAAUCACCCUUCUCUACUCCGAGAUUUCUCUAACUGUGCGUUAUCACAUAUGAACCAUUUUUUCAGUCUCACAGAGUCGAUAGGCUGUUAGAAGAUGGCUGAAUGGUACCAGGUGUCUAUGUGGGUUUUUUUCAACAGACUUUAACACUAUUCACAGUUUUUGAACCUGAUUUACAAAGCAUUGAGUGACUUAAUCCCUGCCACCAUUAAUCCUAACUUUGCUUCGUUUGUUUAUCUUGCUACCUUUUGCAAGAAGUUUAUUUCCCAAACUACCGUGAAUAAUUUUCUAAUGGAAUUUUCAUACCUAAAAAGCACUAUAAGCUAUGUCAAUUUGAAAAGGCUAAUAAAUGGCCACAAUCUUUUUGAAAAGUAGAUUGGCUUAUUAAAAAAAAAAUAUAUAUAUAUAUAUAAAGAAUUUCCAUAAAAAUAAAUCGUUAAGACUAAUUGUUAAGCUCAAUGGAGAAGCAAAUUUAGUUAGGUUUAUCCUACAGUUGACAUAGUUUCUCCCUAUAAAUGAAGAAUAAAAUUUUAAGAUACAAAUUCCUUUGCCCAUAACACCUAACCUCAAUUCAGAGCAUCACAAGAGAAAAUAUUGUUUGUAUUUCUAGUGCUGGGUUUAUGGAUUUUCACCUUACAUUGAUUAAGCUUUCCUAUAAAUUAAUCUGAAGACAGCAUUUAAAUCUAAUGGGAAGACAUGUAUAUUUAUGAUGUAAAUUAGAAAUUCACAAAGCUAGAAGUUGUCACAUGUAAUUUACUUGUUCAUAUGUUUAAUUUGUAAGUUUAAAAACUAAGAUUUUAAGAGCCUGGCAGAAUCGUUUGGCAUCCACUUCACACCAGUGAAGUGAAACAUAACUUUCUGGAUAAAAGCUUUCUGUAUUAAGAUCACCAUAACUUCCUUACGUAAGUUCAUUCUUCUUAGUAACUGUGUAAACUGCUUAUUACCUGGACCCAAAAUAAAUCACAUUAGCGAAAAGUAAUUUCUUCACUAUAAAAAGAAACAAUUUUCUCACAUUGCUAAGUAAGCAUAUUGUAUUAUAUAAUAAUCUUAUUUCCAUACUUUGACAAGGGUGAUUAUUUAGACUUAGUUUUCUUAAAAAUAUUGGACAGAAUAAAUUAUAUCCUGAAAAUGUAAAGAAAAGCGCUUGGUUUGAGAACCCAAAGUUUUCUAGUCUGUAAUAUCUUAGCCAGACAGCCUCCUCUACUAAAAACUUAAGGCUGAAAUAAUUGAUACUCUUGUCCUUAUUUUCAGAAUAAGCUAAGCUAAGCAAUUGGAGUCAUACCCAUGAGGUAUAAUUUCUUCUGGGUGAUUUUUUUUCUUUAAUCCCCUGCCCGAAGGCUCUUCACCUUGCUCUGAAUUACUUGGCCGAAAUUUGAGAAGACUGAAUCCCCACUUUUUUCUUGCCCACCCUGGUCAUUUUAUUUGGGGUUACUUCUAAAUGACAUUAUUCAUCUGUUUCUAGAACAUAUUCCUCAAACUGUAUAGCUGAUUACUCUCAUCUGUAAAAAAAAAAAAAAACAGCUCUUCAAUUCCUCACCCCAAC